GCAGUAGGUGGCGGUAUGCACCUUGAAAUAGUUUGCAAUCCGCCAAUAAAGCAAAAGAAGACGAAGAAAAAGAAGGCGAGCGCUUACGUCAGAGGGGGACAUCGAAAGAACAAAAUGGAGGAGUAUAGCAGAGAGCCGUGCCCCUGGAGGAUCGUGGAUGAUUGUGGUGGAGCUUUCACCAUGGGAGCCAUUGGAGGAGGAAUAUUUCAGGCAGUGAAAGGUUUCAGAAAUGCACCUUCAGGGAUGAGCCACAGAAUGAGGGGUAGUUUAACGUCCAUUAAGACUAGAGCUCCACAACUAGGAGGUAGCUUUGCGGUGUGGGGCGGCCUCUUUUCCAUGAUUGACUGCGGUUUAGUCAAAGUGCGAGGCAAGGAGGAUCCCUGGAACUCGAUAACAAGCGGGGCCAUGACAGGAGCAAUCCUCGCUGCAAGGAAUGGACCAGUAGCCAUGGUGGGCUCAGCCGCUAUGGGGGGUAUUCUGCUGGCCUUGAUAGAGGGCGCUGGGAUCUUGCUUACGAGGUUUGCCUCUUCACAGCUGCCAACUGGGCCCCAGUUUGAGGAACCUGCCCCCGCUCCCAUUCCCACCUCCCCCUUCGGAGACUACAGACAAUAUCAGUGAGAGGGCCUCGCUCCCCUCUUCACCCACUAGAUCUUUUUAAAUUCCUUGCUGAAGUUCAGAAGAAGAGACGAAGGUGCAGAACGCCACCCUGUUUCCCUGUUAAACGCUACACCAAACUGUUGAGAACUGAUACGGGGGAGUGAAGGACAGAGCUCGUCUUCAUUUUUCUUCUUUUAUGAGACAUGUACAGAUCUGCCUUUUGCCGUUCUCAGCCUUGUCACGUGCAUCUGUGUCGCUCAGAACCGCGUCGGGGUGAAGGUUGUUCAUUAGCCGUACGGACGAGACGCUCUCUCUCUCUCUGUUUUGUUGACAUGCACAUAUGCUAGCAGAUGAGCCCCGAUGGUGUUGAAUCUUAGAAAAGAAAAAAAAAAAAAACAUGAAACGUAAUCAAAUGCUAUUUGUAAAUACAGUAAAGGCUUUUGGCUCGUGUCCACAUAUGUCGGUCUUUUUUGCCUUUUUAAUGUCAUGCGCUUGAGUUGGCCGACGACGCUCGGUUGGCCUUCAGGUUUUAUUCAGAGCUGCAGAAACGGAUCCAUUCCUGGAAUAUUAGUUUGUUUUAAUAUUAUUUAUUUCAGAGUGUGAAGACUUGUCAAUCUGUUCUGUUUUUACGAGAUGGUGAUCUUUGCAGUCGACACAGUGUGGGGAGUACUGCUAGGGACAAAGAUUGGCAUCGGCAGUUCAUUUGACUGGAGCAACUCACGAAGCAAGGGAUAGAUGCAUAAUGUAUUAAAUCUGUACAACAGAUUGACCUAUGGUACAAUAAAGGCAUAAAUUGUUAAA